AUGUACUCUAAAUGGGCUCUGCUAUUUGCUGCUGGCCUUGCAGUUGGUGGAACAAGCGGCUUUUUGUUGACGACGCAAGAAAGCUCUAAGAAUGGUCAAAACAUCUUCGUCCCGUCCAAAGAUGAUUAUAAGAUGGUCUACAACGAAAUCGCUCGAUUGCUCCUCGAAAUGGACGAGUACGAUGGCGGGAGCUAUGGCCCUGGUUUCCUUCGGCUAUCGUGGCAUGCAAGUGGUACUUACGACAAAGCAACUGGGACUGGUGGUAGCAAUGGUGUAACGAUGAGGUUGGCCCCGGAGUCCAAAUACAAUGCAAACCUGGGUUUGGACAACGCGCGAGGCUUCUUGGAACCUGUGAAAAGUAUGUAUCACCUCCUUCACCUUAAUGAGGAACUACUCACAGCUCCCUACAGAAAUGUUCCCCUGGAUCAGCUACUCAGAUCUCUGGACAUUAGCCGGGGUCACAGUUGUGCAGGAAUUAGGUGGACCAACUGUCCCCUGGAGGCCAGGAGGCAAGACGCCGACAGGACGGCUUGCACGCCCGACGGGCGGCUGCCGAACGCUGCCAAGGGGCCCCCUCAUCUUCGCAAUAUCUUCUACCGGAUGGGCUUCGACGAUCGCGAGAUUGUGGCGCUUAGUGGGGCCCAUGCACUGGGCCGCGCGCACACCAACCGAACAGGGUAUGAGGGUCCUUGGGACUUCAGUCCGACGGUCUUUACAAACGAGUUCUUCCGGUUGUUAGUCGAAGAGAAAUGGCUAGAGCGAGAAUGGGAAGGGCCGUUUCAGUAUACCGAUAAGACUACAAGAACCCUUAUGAUGUUACCGACUGAUUUGGCUCUUGUCGAAGAUGCGGAAUUCAAGACGCACGUCGAACGAUAUGCGAGGGAUAGCGAUGUUUUCUUCCAGGAGUUCGCAGAGGCUUAUGUCAAGCUGCUGGAGCUUGGAGUCCCAUUUAAAGGACAAAUCACUGACCGGUGGGUUUUUGAGCGAUAUGAUUAG